AUGAGUGUCACUUUCGAGGUUUUCCGCGGCUCCAAGGAGGGCAAGAUCGUGGCCGACAAGACCACCCGUACCCUACAGCCCAACGAGGUCUACAUCGAGACAACACACUCCGGUCUAUGCGGCACAGAUGAGCAUUACCUCUCUUCCGGCAUGGCUCUCGGCCAUGAAGGUGUCGGUAUCGUUCGCCAGCUCGGCCGGGACGUCACCAAUGUAAAGGUUGGAGCCCGCGUAGGAUACGGAUACACACACUACGUGUGUGGAAACUGUUCAAAGUGCUUGACGGGUACGAGUUCCCCCCAAAACAAGAUCAACAAGUUGACUAAUAGUAAUCAAAAACUAGGCUGGGACCAAUACUGCGAGAAUAAGAAGGAAUAUGGCUCUCACGACCACGACCUGGGCUCGUUCAGCGGCGGCACCGUUUGGGACGCUGGAUGUGUCGUCCCCAUCCCGGACGGCUAUGAAUCUGCCGAUGCCGCGCCCCUGAUGUGCGCCGGCGCCACCGUCUGGACCUGUCUGACGGAGUACGGUGUCAAGCCAACGGACCGGGUAGCUGUCAUGGGUAUCGGUGGUCUUGGCCACCUGGCAAUCAAGCUCGCUUCAGCAAUGGGUUGCCAUGUUGUUGUUUUAUCGAGCUCGGAGGCGAAGCGCGAGGAGGCUCUGAAGUUCGGUGCGUCUGAAUACCACGUCUUCCGCAAGGGCGAGGAAAUGAAGGACUUCAAGCCUGUGAACCACCUGCUGCUCUGCGGCAGCGCCAAUGUCGACUACCCUAGCCUGAUCCCGCUUAUGGACGUGCAUGGCUCAAUCUACCCCUUGACAGUCGACUUUGCUCCCUCACCGGUUCCCCUUCUGUUCAUGAAUAUCAAGGGUAUCCGUAUCCAGGGUUCGCUUGUUGCAUCGCGCCGCAGUCUGCGUACAUUGCUUGAGUUUGCUGCCGCUAAGAAGAUUACCCCAACUAGCAUGACGUUCCCCUUGACCAAGGAUGGUGUCGAGGCUGCUAUGCAGACUCUACGUGAUGGAAAGAUGAGAUACCGCGGUGUUCUGGUUCGGGAGUAA